GGACUUAGGCCAGGCCAGGAAAGCCACCGGAAACGAGCUACCCCCCGCCCCUGGUGCUAUUCCAGGUGCCAGGCACGCCGUGGGGAUGCAAAGAAGAGCAACGAUGUCAGCUGCUGCUUACUGCAUACCCGCUCUGUGCCUUGACAUACCAGAUCUCACUAAACCCUUGCCUCAUCCACCACCAUGAAGACAGUGUCAUGAUCAACUGUUAACAAGUGAAAAAAAACGGCGGCCGGCCCACACUAGUGAAGUUUACUGCCCAGAGCAUGACAGCUGCAAGUUGUAGCAGAAGAUCUGACUCAGGCUGCCUUAGGGAGAGGUUGACUAGCCUGCAGGUCCCACCACAAUGCAGGAGCAUCGUCAGGGCCCUUCAUCACCACAAGCUGGGCAGAACCGCCUGGCCAUCUCUACAGAAGGAUCUCCAGCAGUCCUUUUUGCACUCUCUGGCUUCUUACCGGAUAUCCCAAAAGGCUGCCCCUUUUGACAGGAGGGCCACAUCCUUGACAUGGCACCCAACUCACCCCAGCACCCUCGCCGUGGGUUCCAAAGGGGGAGAUAUCAUGCUCUGGAACUUGGGCAUAAAGGACAAGCCCACCUUCAUUAAAGGGAUUGGAGCUGGAGGCAGCAUCACUGGGCUGAAGUUUAACCCUCUCAAUACCAACCAGUUUUUCACCUCCUCCAUGGAGGGAACAACUAGGCUGCAAGACUUUAAAGGCAACACUCUCCAAGUUUACACCAGCUAUGACACCUGCAACUUCUGGUUUUGCAGCCUGGAUGUGUCCGAGAAAAGCCGAGUGGUGGUCACAGGAGACAAUGUGGGGAACGUGAUCCUUCUGAACAUGGACGGCAGGGAGCUUUGGAACCUGAGAUUGCACAAAAAGAAAGUGACCCAUACGGCCCUGAACCCAUGCUGUGAUUGGUUCCUGGCCACGGCCUCUGUAGAUCAAACAGUGAAAAUCUGGGACCUGCGCCAGGUUAAAGGGAAAUCCAGCUUCCUCUACUCACUGCCACACAGUCAUCCUGUCAACGCAGCUCAUUUCAGUCCUGAUGGAGCCCAGCUCCUGACCACCGACCAGAAGAGUGAGAUCCGGGUUUACUCUGCCUCCCAGUGGGACAGCCCACCAAGCCUGAUCCCACAUCCUCACCGCCACUUCCAGCACCUGACACCCAUCAAGGCAUCCUGGCAUCCACGGUACAACCUCAUUGUUGUGGGCAGAUACCCAGAUCCUAAUUUCAAAAGUUGUUUCCCCCAUGAAUUAAGGACAAUCGAUGUGUUUGAUGGAAGCUCAGGGAAGUUGAUGCAUCAGCUCUAUGACUCAGAAUCUUCUGGUAUCAUUUCGCUCAAUGAGUUCAAUCCUAUGGGGGACACACUGGCCUCUCUGAUGGGUUAUCACGUUCUCAUUUGGAGCCAGGAGAAAGCUGGGAUAUGGAAAUGAGAGACAAUAAUGAAGGUGUGGGCCAAGCAAGGACUUGGAGCCACAUGAGAACAAGUCCUGUGAGAAGAGGCAGCUAUGUGUUAAAGGACCAAGGUAUCCAAGUCUUAGGGCUGGAGCGAGGAUGCUGUGGCAUGGGAUGCUGUAAGGCUGGGACACUGGCUACGUUAUUGCUCUGGACUUAGCUCCGAAACUUACCCAGAGUUGGCGACACAGCUCCCCAGGCUCCCUGCUAUUUCGAGCUUGGAACCAAGCUCCUUCUGGAGCCAAGGGGCUUUUCUCCUCCCUGACGUGUGGUGGCAGAGUGAUCAGGUGGUGGUUUUGUAUUUGUGCUCACUAUUGACAUGGCCAAUAAAACUAUAUAUACCCAAUGA